AUGACUAAUACUAAAUACCUUAUGGUUGGACUCUUUAACGCUGGCUCCCUGGGAACGCGACAUAAAGAAUUACUAGCGGCAAUGAUUGAUGUAAAUGUGGACUUAAUAGCUAUUAAUGAAACUUGGAUACGAGAAGGCGAAGAAGAACAUGCCCCUGCAAUACCCGGACACCAGUUUCGUCACAAUCCCCGAUCUUUAGAGAUAAAAGGAGGGCGUGGGGGAGGAGUAGGCUUUUCAGAAAAGACGACUGAAGAAGACGCCAGAGUCAUGAGGAAGAUCGCAGCUGACUGUGACCAGAGGAAGGAAGAACAUGAACCGGUUUGA